CAAGUCCUAUCAACAAAAGCAUCUUCACAUGCAAGUAAGAUCCCCUUUAAAGUAUGAGUACACAGCGCAGCAUGACGCGUUUCUCUAAGACAUCAGACUGACGAUGUCCGUCAUUCAUCAAGACUGACUGAAAGGCGCUUUCGGGGAUCGCGCUCCGGACGCGGAUCCGAACCGCUGCUCCACCCCAAGCGGACCCACGACCAAGCUGAUGUGACCGAGGAGAAGCCGAAGGGAAAGUUGGGAAGGACGCCACGUACAACAGCUACGGACGAAAUGCGGAUUUCCGUACGCUGAGCCCCAAACAGGUUUGUCACCUCCAGCCAGUGAGAAGUUCCCCCUCAGGCCGCCCAUUCACCUGGUGGCAGACUCAAUACAGUGCAGAGAUGGAGCCUCCAGACCGGGCCAACUGGGAUCCUGGACACCACAACCAUUCCACAGUUGCUGUGGGUAACAGCUCUGUAAAUGUGUCCGGACAGAGUAUGCCAUUUCAGGGCGGGAGCACCAUGGUGACAGCAGUCAUCUCGCUGACGGUGUUCGUCAUUGGCCUGAUGGGCAACACGCUGGCCAUCUUUGUGGUACUGCGCUAUGCCAAGAUGAAGACUGUCACCAACAUCUACAUCCUCAACCUGGCUGUGGCUGAUGAAUUGUACAUCCUAGGCCUGCCCUUGCUCACCACUCAGAACGUUCUCUCCUACUGGCCCUUUGGCUCUUUCUUGUGUCGCGUGGUGAUGACCGCGGACUCUAUCAACCAGUUCACUAGCAUCUUCUGUCUGACAGCCAUGAGUAUCGACCGCUACCUGGCUGUGGUCCACCCAAUAAGGAGCACGCAGUGGCGGCGGCCCAGAGUCGCUAAGGUCAUCAAUGCUGCAAUCUGGGCCCUCUCCUUUGUGGUGGUUCUGCCCGUCGUCAUCUUCUCUGAUGUACAGGACAUGUUCAACACCUGCAACAUGAACUGGCCAGAGCCCAAGGCUGCCUGGUCCACAGCUUUCAUCCUGUACACGGCCAUCCUGGGCUUCAUUGGCCCUCUGCUGGUCAUCUGCUUGUGUUACCUGCUUAUCGUCAUCAAAGUGAAGUCGUCUGGGGCACGGGCUGGCUUCACUAAGCGGCGCAAGUCGGAGCGCAAGGUGACACGCAUGGUGGUCAUCAUCGUGUUGGUGUUCGUACUCUGCUGGUUGCCCUUCUUCCUUACCAACAUGGUCAACCUGGUCGUCAUUCUGCCCGAAAACAAUGUCAUGGCCGGCAUCUACUUCUUCACUGUCAUAUUGUCCUAUGUCAACAGCUGCGCCAACCCACUGCUUUACGGUUUCUUGUCUGACAACUUCAAGCAGAGCUUUCGCAAGGCCUUAUGUAUCCACAAGGCCAAUGGGGUGGAAGACGGCGACCCCAGCCUGCCUCGCACAGAGAAGACCACUGUCAACAACACUUUCCUUACUCCGAGGAGCCACGACUUCAAUGGGCACAUGCAGAGCAGCGAGGGCAUCAAGUUGAAGCCUUGUGGUAACUCAGAGGUGGUGCCCAGGCCCACGGGGCCCAGGGUGAUUGGCCAGUCCACCCUAUAAACUCUGCAAUCUUUUUCUCCCUCCCUCAAUCUCUCUCCCUUCUAUCCUCACUCCCCAACCUCUUAUCACAUGCCUAAGGUCUCCCCACACACCCCAGCAGUACAGCCUCCUCAGGAUUACCUCCGCCCCCAUCAGCAGCUCCCCUCAGCAGCAUAAUCUGUCCCAUUGCUGUUAGCACAUGACCUCCGAUCUCCCUUUGAACAUGGGGCCAUCAGACCAGUUCUGCAGGUAAAAAGGGACUGAGGAACAGUGUUCAUUGUUGAAUGGCUGGAGAAGAAGGGAAACCAAUAAAAUACACCCAAGGACAUCCAAGCACACAGACAAGCACACAGACAAGCAUGUCCGUAUGCUCAUGCCUGCUCUGGUGUGCAGAAAUAAGCCUGCAGCCAAAAUGCGCAAAGUAAUGCGGUUUCCCUUUGAUGAAGCUGAGGAACCGGACCGCUUGUAUGUAGCGACAGCAUGGGUGCAUCUGGCAGCUGAGGGUGUGUUGGCGUAACACAGCCGCAUCACCAUCCUGCAACCUGGACCCCGCAUGAAGACUGUAACACAUCUGGUAAAAGCAAAGUACCCUGCUGUCUGUCACAUCCAGUCCCAUCCCCUUCGACAGAGCUCUGUCCAGAAGUCCAGCCUUCCUCUGUGACCUCACACCGCCAGGUUGGCAUUCUGGGUAAAAAUCCAACUCGCGAUGCCAGACUGCCGUGUGGUGCUCACAUGUUCAAGGAAUUUCGUGAGGCUGUAUAACUUAUGUAAGCAGUGCUGUUUAAGCCUUAUCGCUUCGUACAACUGCACUUGAUGCACGUCUGCUCUCUGUCGUCUGUGUGAGGCCAUGCAGCUUUUUCUACUUCCUGGUUGUCCUGUAAACGUUUAGUGAAUUAUGGAUGGAAGCGGGAUGAGGCCUGGAACUUUUCUUAUUACAAUCAGAUUCAGUCUCCGCCCAGCCUUCAGUGUGCUGUUUUUUUGUGAUUUUGUGACAUACAGCCAAUUCCUGUGUGCUUGUCGUGUGACCACGGUGGCUCCGCCCCCCUCCAUACCCUCAUCCUGUAUAGUUGGGUAAGCUGCUAAACACCCCCAGUUUAACACGCCUUGGACUCCCCAUGCGUUUCUGUGCACACGGCGAAUGCGAGCGCCAAAUGUAAGCGGCAACAAAACGUGUCUCUGUGCGCCUCUCUGGUGAAA